GAAAAUAUAAAGACGGCCGUUAGAAUCUUAACCCGGAUUUAUUCGCCUCGGCGCUUCGCCCGCAAGUCUGCUCCGUGCGGGAGGGAGAGAGGGCGGGUUUUAAUGGACGAGACGUCGCACUGACGGAUCAACAAGAGACCGGGGGGGCCCCGUUUGCACGACGCGGCGGGAGGAGGGUUCGUCGGCCGGCCGAGAGUCUUCGACGUUUGCCGCCGCGCUCAGAAUCGACGGUCGCCGCCUCGCUUGGCCGAAUCGUAAAGCGUCGACGUCGCCUGUCCCGGACUUCUUCGUUUGUCCCUGCGGACGCGCGUCCUUAACGGAGUCGCCCGAAAGACGCCCCGCCGCGGCCCCCUGAGGUGCGCUUCCCCGCGGAGCUGAAGAAUGAGCCAGAGGGACACCUUGGUCCAUUUGUUUGCUGGAGGAUGUGGGGGUACAGUGGGUGCUAUUCUGACCUGUCCUUUGGAGGUGGUGAAGACGAGGCUUCAGUCUUCCUCCGUCACUCUGUACAUCUCUGAGGUGCAGCUGAGCACCGUCAAUGGAGCCAGUGUGGCCCGCAUGGCCCCCCCAGGGCCCCUGCACUGUCUCAAGUUAAUACUCGAGAGAGAGGGACCCCGUUCACUCUUCAGAGGCCUGGGUCCCAACCUUGUGGGCGUGGCUCCUUCCAGGGCGAUCUACUUUGCGGCGUACUCGACGGCCAAGGAGAAGCUGAACGGAGUGUUCGAGCCGGAUUCGACCCAAGUCCACAUGGUGUCCGCUGGCAUGGCAGGCUUUACUGCCAUCACUGCUACCAAUCCCAUCUGGCUUAUCAAGACCCGCCUGCAGCUGGACGCCAGAAACCGGGGUGAGCAGCAGUUGAACGCCUUUGAGUGCGUGAGGCGCGUGUACCAGAAGGAAGGCCUUCGGGGUUUCUACAGGGGCAUGUCGGCCUCCUACGCCGGCAUCUCCGAGACCGUCAUCCACUUUGUCAUCUACGAGAGCAUCAAGCGCAAACUGCUGGAGGCCAAGGCCCAAACCGCCAUGGACGAGGAGGAGGAGUCCGUGAAGGACGCUUCAGACUUUGUUGGCAUGAUGUUGGCGGCUGCCACCUCCAAGACAUGUGCCACCUCCAUUGCCUACCCACACGAGGUGAUCCGCACGCGGCUACGAGAGGAGGGCAGCAAGUACCGCUCCUUCUUCCACACCCUGCUGACGGUGCCCAGAGAGGAGGGCUACCGGGCGCUGUACCGCGGCCUGACCACCCACCUCGUCCGACAGAUCCCCAAUACGGCCAUCAUGAUGUCAACGUACGAACUGGUGGUCUACCUGCUCCACCGCUAGCUAACCGCCCGCCGCACCUCCUUUCCACCCAGGAGAGGAGGCUGGAAGGAGCUAAACUGACUGACUGAUUUCUAGACAGAAAAACAAACAAAAAAACAAAAAAGACGAAAACAAAAAAGCCAGAGGAAAAUCGCACAAUGACGACCAAAUGAAACCAACAACAAAAAAAGAAAAACAGAACUCUAGUGGACUGGCAGAACAAAAAGCCAACGAGAAAAGGCGAUGCGGUCCAUCAGUACCAAAUCAACAACACCACCUCAAAGUCCGUUAUCAGAGACUGCUGAUGGAGGGCACCGAAGAGAGGAAAACUGGGUAAUUUGGCCAGGAGACGGUACAUGAGAGGAGGUUGGUGUUUAACUGAACCGUUUGAACAGGAAGUACCUCUGAAAGAACGGAUUUAAACAAACAAACAAACAAACAAACAACAGCCUUAAAAACGACCAAACAACAUGUUCUUGUAUUGGCUCGUUCUCUUUCUGAGGAAAGAGCAGAAAAUAAUCAGCCCCCCCUUGCUUAUCAAGAUGACCGUGACAAAGAGGCAUGUGGUUACACAAAGGCCGUCGAAAUUGUAAUAAUCUCAUUCGGAAGUAUAAACACAAUCUGCCCAGCCUGGGCGGAGGGUCAGAGGAGCUCGACCUCUCGUCGCUUCGGUCCGCCCUCAGUCCCGUGAACCAGUUUAUGGGGUUUGACCAUUGGCACUUUGGGCGCACCAAGUCAAACCGUGCCGCGUUGAUUUGAGUUUCCAUCGCCAGUUUAAAGGCGCCGACUUGUGCCAAGUCGCACCCGAGUUGGGCCAAAGCGCGCCGGACCCGCCUCCAAGCGGGUUGUGAGAUGGGUGUCAUCAUCAUUCAGUGACGAUUCGGCGACAUGUUUAAAAAGCCUCCGCCGCCGGACAUGGCGACUACUUCAGGUGUUGGCCUGUUUCAAAGGCUUCGCAAAAACACAGCAAAGUCAGAGGAGAAUGGCAAGCGCUUGGUCUGCGGUCCCGAGACAAGCGCGUCAUCAGUUAAAGACACGACUUCACGCGAGUAGCCCUGUUGCAAUGGAAAUGCAAAUCCCAGCCAUGCUGGUCUGACGUGGUGAGUCGACCCAAACCGGCUCGACGAAGUACUGAACCAAGUCACCUGAGAGGAACAGGGCUGUAGUCUGUUUUUAACUUGCAAAGGUUGCUUCUUCUUUUUUUUGCUAGGCUCUCAAUAGUGAGCAAUCCGCCCAUCUGAGCACCAAAAAAGGUUGUCCCCAAGUACUUGCUAGGACAAAGAUGGCUGCUGCUGUCUCUCCCGCCUUCGGAAGUUAAUGCAUAACUAACCGAACAAAGUCAACUCGACACACUUCAGACAUCAGCGGGUGUUAAAACCACCUGGGUCAUUUUGUGUUUUAGCUCCCCGUCAUCGCUUUCCUGAUACAAGGCCAAGCAGUAAUACGCCAUGUGGGCGGCUCUGGCCUUGAGUCCUGAUUAGAGAGCAGUUUGGUCAUCUCUUAUCUCUUUUCUGUUUUCGUUAAACAUUGUGGUGCAGAGGAGGGAAAAUCCAAUUUGACACAUCCACUUUCCUGCACUUCUGAGGUCCUGCUACGGUACGACUCCCAGGGCAGUUGUAUAGUGUAUAGAUUUCCUCAGGCGGCUGCAGGUUUCUCCUCAUCACCUGUAGGAGUUCCUGACAAAUGACGCCAGCCUGAGGCAAAGCUGGCAUUCAAACCAUGAACCUCAGUGUCGGGACGCUGGAGUAUUAGCCUGCUGCGCCACCCCACCCUGACUUUAUCACCACCCGAAACUGAGCCAAGAGCAGCAGGUUGAAGACGCUUCAGCCUGCGUAUGACGAAACAGUUGCCGCUCACCAUGUUGGCAUCUUGUGUUGUGCGAGUUCAUGAGACCGCUGGUUCUCAGCUGAGACGUCGGCGUGUGACUGUAUUGAAAGGUACCAACCAUAAUUUACUUGGUGCAGUGCCAUUACUUGAAAAUGAUGUUAAGCGCUCGAGUGAGAGAUGGUCAGUUUAAUCGGAUCUGUUUCUCCCCACGACCUCUGUAUGUAUGUAUGUGUGUGUGUGUCUGUGUGUCUGUGUCUGUGUCUGUGCGUGUCGUAUUUUGCUGGCUGCCUGUGAUGGAGUAAUUUUAUGCCCCUACCAUUUUCUGUUUCUUCCAAGAAGGGGUUUGGGGUUCAUUACAUUUCAGUAUACCGUGGCAGCAAUUGCCGAGUUGCAGCAUACGCACAAACAACAUGCAAAUUAAAUGGGACAAGUAAGUUGAUAAACAAAUAAAUAGAUAUAACAGGUGUUGUACAUUUAAAAAUAGAAAUGGUCAGUUCACAUUCAGGCACGUGGCAGGUCUCACUUUCUCAGUACAUUGGUCAGUGAGCAGGUCACAUAACAAUUCCCUGGACCAGAGUGUGUGUGUGUGUGUGUGUGUGUGUGUGUGUGUGUGUGUGUGUGUGUGUGUGUGUGUGUGUGUGCGUGUGUCAGAGUGUUUGCGCUCACGCGGGCCUGUUUAUCCUAAAUAUCUACUCCGGUAUACCCUCCAUUGACUACUAGUCCUGUCCUGAGGGUUGGGGGGGGGGGGAGCAGACCUACGAUAGCAGAAGUUUUCAUCCCACCUCUUGGUCCAUUGUCCUUACAGCCAGUUUCUUACAGCUGGUGUAGUAACAUGCACUUUUGUGGCCUUCUCGGGCUUGUGCUUAGCAUUUUAUUGCGUGGACGUUGAAUAUUGUAUAUUGUAAAAAAAAAAAACAUUAAAAAAAAUUAAAAAGUUUGCAUUACUGUAUAACAACAAAGUAUUUUGCUCAACAGCUCGGAUAGCAGAUAUAUUGUACAUUUUUAGAGUUGGCUCAGUACUUGUGAAGGAUAUUCAUAUGUGUGUAUAUAAUACAGGUAUAUAUCAUCUGUUUUUGUUUUUGCUAAGGCUUAUGUAAGAUUAUGUUGUGACGCUGCAGUUUGCAAUUGCAAUCUUGUUUGCAUUUGUGUGAAAUUUAAGUUUGUCGCAAGUUUGUUGACAGAUGUUUUUUUUUUCACCCUUUUCUGUGUUUUUGUUUCAUCGGUUGGCGACCAUUGACGCCGGAGGACUGGUUGCUUAUUUCCAUACAUUCAUAAAGAAGUGGUGUUCUGUUUUGAUUUUGCAGAAGUUGAACAUUUUCAUCGGUGUUGAUCUUUUUUUUUUUUUGUUUUAAUCCACUGCCUAUCUUAUGUCAUGGUUGGAGCUGUCAAACUGGGAUGGCAACGAUGCUAAACCCCCCUGUGUGACCCAUCUGUCAUCACGUGGACUUUCACUACUAGCCGAGGCCAUGUUAAACCGGAAGUUGCUAAACCGAUGUUCCGGUUGUUCAGCGGCGCUGUUUAGCAGCUACCGACACACGUGCCCCGGCAGUUCGGAAGGCCCACGUCGUACACACAAGCGUUUGUUUGUGGGCUGAACUGGGUGUGUUUGGCUUCAACAUGUUCUCUGGAAAGCUCAGUAUUCACACAAAGGCGGCGAGUUCUUCUUCCGCCUCGUCGUCGGUCUCCUGAAAUUGACGCACAGAGCGGCAGUGAUGUCGUUAGCACAGCUGCUAACGUUUGGAAAGACCUCAGACGCUGCUGUAGUUCACCGUUUUCCCCGGCAGGGGGAAAUACGUCCGUGCCUCUGCUCUCGCUCCGACUCUCCAUGUGCGAGAGAAGAAGAAGAAGACUCCAUGUUUUUUUUGUUUUUUGUUUUUUGUUUUUUUAUCCCCCUUCCCCAGGCCAAUUACCCCGAGCCGGCCCGGUCGCUGCUCCACCCCCCUCCUCUCUCUCUCUGCCAAUCCGGGGAGCGGCCCCGACCGACCAGAGGAGGCGCUAGUGCGGCAACCAGGACGCCCGACCAAGCCGAAGGUAACGCGGGAUUCGAUCCGGCGAAGAAGACUCCAUGUCGGAACUCGGAUCAGCCGCCAUUUUGUUUAAUUUAACGGGGAUUUCAAAAGUCUUCACGUGUUCCUCAGUUUUGGUCUUUUUUUUGGGCCACGUGAACAAGAUUAUCCCGAUAAUGGCUGCUGGGGACGUUAAACAAUGUCGACAUGUAUCAAUAAUGUAACCGGUUGUUUUCUUGCCCGGUGCGGGAUUCGAUACGGGAUGUAUUGCACCACAAGGCGACGUCACUAACCGCUCGGCUAAAGGGUCAGACCUGUUAGCUAGGGGCUAACGUGUGUUAUUGGUAGUUUACAGUAGUAAACCGGAACCAGUUUUCAGAUAUAAAUGACGCCCUCGGAUAUUUCACACCGCAACUUGUGAGAAACUCGAGGUCAUAGAUUCUCCUUAUCAUUCAUUUAGACACCCAAAAUCGUGUCGCGUGAUAUACCGAUAUCCAAACGUUGUCCCUGUACAAGACCGCUGGGAGACGGUACGUGGUCAUGUCGGGCGGUUGCCCAGCGCUUUGCUCCGGUGUCUGGGAAGUGAAGGGAAGGGCUGGAUUGUGACGCAUGGUUGUUGAUGCUACGAACACGUACGUAUUGGCCACUGGGGGGCGCACUUGAGGCCAUUGAAAAUGCAAUAAACCCCGAUAAUGUAAUAACUUCCCGAUAAUGUAAUAAAUUGCGUUUCCCGAUAAUGUAGUAAACUUUUUAGCGAUAAUGUAAUAAAGUAUUGCAUUAACAGGGGGUUAUUACAUGAUCAGGUUAGCCUUCAUUUUGCGGGUCCUGAUAAUGUAAUAACACUGAUAAUGUAAUAAAAAAUUGCACUUGGGGGCAUUGAAAAUGCAAUAAAACCCGAUAAUGUAAUAACUUCCUGAUAAUGUAAUAAAGUGCAUUUCCCGAUAAUAAACUUUUUACAGAUAAUGUAAUAAAAGUAUUGCAUCAACAGGAGGUUAUUACAUGAUCAGGUCAGCCUUCAUUUUGCAGGUCCCGAUAAUGUAAUAAUUCCCCAAUAUUGUAAUAAUUUAACAGCAGACCACCUAUUAAUGGGUUCAAGUGGCGAUAUUGUGUUGGCAACUCUAGCUGCAGAGCUCUAGCGCCACCGACAGGUCAAAGUUGGACAUGCAAAUGCACUUUAUUACAUUAUCAGGAAGUUAUUACAUUAUCAGGUUUUAUUGCAUUUUCAAUGGACUAAAGUGCAGAUUUGUAUUACAUUAUCGGGGGGGUUAUUACAUUAUCGGGGUUAUUACAUUAUCGGGGAUUUAUUACAUUAUCAGGUUCUACAAUCCUUUGUAUGGAAUUGGCUGUUGCCCCGUAGCGAGGUUUGCGCACCGUUUUACCGGAUUACAAACUCAUCAUUACCAGACUCCCGAUUGUUUCUCGGUAAAUCGCAUGCAAAAUUGUGGGGACUAAUUUGUUCAGUAUUUUUGACAUUCUAUUGCGUCAUGACCACGGUCAUGACGGACCUAGUAGGCGACAGGGCGCCCCCUAGCGGCAUCUGUGAGAUACGUGUCAGCGAACACGUAUAAGUGACUUGCAGAAGCGUGUCCAUAGACACGUAAAGACGUUGGCAAGAGCGGGUCGGGGUUCGUCUCAUUUCUGUAGCAGUAUUCCAGUAAACACUAAUGGGAUUCAUGACCUCUGGCUCCAGUACAACAACGGUUCAGGUCAAGUAACCAUGUGGCAAACAUAGAAAACUGGACUCUGGAAUGCAAACAGCGAAAUAUUCUGAGUUUGAAUGUGUUUUAUUUUUAUUUUUGUUUUUUUGUUUUUAGUUCUCCUCUGUCAAUGUCGUUAUGCCAUUUAAUAUAUUUCAUUGUAAAUGCUUGACCUCAAGCGAAAAGGGGGCUGCCUGGUUUCUACCAGCUCCUAUUUUUUUGUAUAAAAGUCAAUAAUAAAAAAAAGCAACCCACAUUA